UGAGCUAUACUCAACAUAUUACUCUCUCUCUCUCUAGCUAGCUAUAGUGGUUGGAGGCUUCUAGGAAACACAGCGCACAUCAUGGCAAAUGGUCUGAGUGACGAACAGAUUGUUGAGUUCAGAGAAGCCUUUUGCCUCUUUGAUAAGGACGGAGACGGUUGCAUUACAAUUGAAGAACUGGCAACAGUGAUAAGGUCACUGGAUCAAAACCCAACAGAAGAAGAACUGAUUGACAUGAUUAGCGAGGUUGAUGCCGAUGGGAAUGGGACUAUUGAGUUCAAUGAGUUCUUGAACUUGAUGGCCAAGAAAAUUAAGGAGACUGAUGUAGAGGAGGAAAUCAAAGAGGCAUUCAAAGUGUUUGACAAGGACCAAAAUGGUUACAUUUCACCUAAUGAGUUGAGGCAUGUGAUGAUCAAUAUGGGUGAGAAAUUAACAGACGAAGAGGUGGAGCAGAUGAUUAGGGAGGCCGAUUUGGACGGUGAUGGCCAGGUUAAUUACGAUGAAUUCGUCAAGAUGAUGAUGACCGUCGGAUGAGUCCUUUCGGUCAACGUGAUCAGAACGACCGUCGGAUGAGUCCUUUCGGUCAACGUGAUCAGAACAUCUUGAUGAUUCAAAUUCGUUUAUUUUCAAAGCUAGGUCUCUCCCCCAUCAAAUAAUCCUGUCCCCAUAACUAGAAUGACUAGAAAAAAUCAGCCUAUUAGAUUGUUCAUUUCUAAAUUCUAUUAAUUUCCAUUUUGUAUUCUUUCAUUAAUGAACUAGUCUUUUUUUCUUCUUUCUUGGUGGGUAAUCUAUUUUAUGUUAAUUGUG